AUGAGUAACAUUGUCGAGCAUCAAGCUUCGCCCAACACCGCGAAAUCCACUGAAGAGGAGGAUCACUUGAUUCGCAGCACUAAGAAGAUUAAAAGUUCAGACACAUCGGCACCCAGUGAAAUGGACACUGAAGUGAUCAUGGCCACCAUUAUAGGAGAGGAAGACCCUAGAUCGCAAAGCCUUCCGUCACAGGCCUCCCCUCCUGCUAAAUCUUUUAAGGAAGCCCUGUCUACGGCCCGCAACUAUGACUACACGUUUGAUAGUCGAGUGGAGGUUUUAUCUUCAGAUGAAGAAGACGAUGAGCAAGAGGGACGCACCUCAAUCGAACACUCUACUUCGGAUCACAUAGGUAUACCCAAGGUUUCUCUCCCUAACAAGCUGCUACAAAAAAUCCGGAAACCAUGGGCAAGCUCACUAAUCAUUCGUCUUCUGGGCAAAAGUAUAGGCUAUAAAAUGCUCUGCACUCGAGUCAAAAACCUCUGGGGACUCCAAGAAGAGUUUAGUGCAAUUGAUCUAGGGUGUAACUAUUUUCUCUUUAAAUUCUCCAACCCUGAAGAUUUUACUAAAGUUCAUACUGGAGGACCUUGGGUGAUCAUGGAUCACUAUCUUACAGUGAGAUUAUGGGAACCUAAUUUUAAGCCUUCGGAAGCUCUUGAAACCACAACUGCGAUUUGGGUUCGGUUUCCGGAGCUUCCGAUCGAAUAUUAUCAUGAUAAGGUCCUCUUCGCAAUAGCUAAAACCAUUGGUAAACCUCUGAAGAUUGACUGGACAACAGCAAUGGUUACCAGGGGAAAGUUUGCAAGAAUCUGUGUGGAAAUGGACCUCACAAAGCCCUUGAUCCCCAAGUUUGUGCUUGAGGACAAAUGCUAUAGUAUUGAAUAUGAAUCACUACAUUCCUUUUGUUUUCUGUGUGGACGAAUUGACCACAGGAGGGAAGCUUGCAGAUUCAAAACUCACAUUGCACAACCGACGGGGGAGAAACUAGCCGUUACCAGUGACGAUAGUCACGGCACAUCCACCACGGAUGCUAACGGUAACCUGCAACCUCAGGAAGUCAGGGAGGAUGAAUUUGGGCCUUGGAUGUUGGUAACAAAACGUGGGCGUAGACCGAUUCAACCCAGGAAAAUUCAAGUCCCUUCGGGCCCCACUACAAAGCCCAAUAAAUUUUCACCCUUAGAUGAAGGCCAGAAGGGGCAGGAAGAUCACCCAAGGGGAAGGAAACAUAACAGAGCAGGUGCUGAGAAGGCUCCUAAUAACUAA